GAUCUCUUGAUGAUUACGCUUUCUCUAUGUGUGGUGUGGACCUGCGGUUCGAGGGUACUGAUCUGUGAAAAUCGAUCAUAUCCUCCAGUUGAACCAAUGGAAGGAGCAUGUUGUGGUCAAGGAUGUUCGAAUUGUGUAUGGGUUGUUUAUGCCCAGGAACUUAUCGAUUACUAUCGUGAAGAGAUCGAAAUGAAGGUCCCAGAUCAGAAUGUUCGAGCCUUCGUACUCAGCGAACUACGUUCGAAAUGGAAUCGGUCUUGA